AAAAGACAGACAGUGGCAGAGCACGUUGGCUUCCACGAAGCCCACUUGCUGGAGAAAUCUGUGCAAGGUUUAUUAGUAGUUUGCCAUCAUUUGAUUUCAAAAUAUGGCAACUUCUAAUUCUGUGGGCCCACUGUACAAGACUGUAGUAGAAGACGUGAUAAACAAUGUUAAGGAAGCAUUCUUGGAUGAAGGUGUUGAUGAGCAGGUGUUAGUGGAGUUGAAGCAGCUGUGGGAGACUAAGCUGCAUGCCUCGAAGGCGUUGGAUCCAGUGAUCAAUGAACAGGAAGCCAUUCUUCAAAAACACCAGUUUACACUUCUUCAGCAACAACCACAUGCUGUGAUGACCGGUACACCACACCAAAUGCAUCAGUCCUUACAGCUGCCCACUCUGCAGAUGACCAGUGUUGGUCAAGACAUGGGGGCGGCAGCUACAGCAACAAUGGCUCUUCCCCAGGGUCUCUUCCAGCAGCAGUUUGCAGCUCUCCAGAACGCCAACACAAUAGCUCUACAACCUACAGCUGGAGGUCAGUACAUCCAAGUGUUGCCCCAGCAGCUGCAGCAGCACCAACUGACGAGACAUCCACAGACGUCAACCAUCACACUUCCACACCAGACAACAAUACUGCAGAGCAACGUCCAGCCAGGCAAUGUACAGAUUACUGGUGCACAGGUCCAAUCAAAUAACCCAAAUAUUCCAGGUUUGGUCCAGUUUGAUGGAGCGGGUGACACGAGUUCAUCCGAAGAUGAGUUCAAUGAUGAUGACAAUGAUGAUGAUGAGAAUGAUGAGAAUAACGAGGAUGAAGAUGGGGCGGGGCAAGAGGAGGAACCGUUGAACAGUGGUGAUGAUGUUAGUGAAGAAGAUCCCAAUGAUCUCUUCGAUACAGACAAUGUGGUUGUGUGUCAGUAUGACAAGAUACAUAGGAAUAAAAACAAAUGGAAAUUCCACCUAAAAGAUGGAAUAAUGAAUCUCAACGGGCGUGAUUAUGUAUUCCAGAAAGCGACGGGAGAUUCUGAGUGGUAACACAACACCUAGUCCGAUGAUGUGUAUAUUUGUACAGACAUUUCCAGAGUGUACAUAGCUCACGACAAGACUAAGUCAUUUGUUAUACUGUCACAUUGUCUGUAUGACUGAAACCUGUAAUCAUAAAACUUUAAAAGCAUUACCUCUGUGCAUGCCAAAGAAAUGUAAAAAAAUUUGGAUUGCCAACACAAAUAUUGUUUGCCAUUUGUAAUAUGUACAUAUGAACAGUAUAGAAGGUUAACUUUAUAAUACAUUUGUUAACAAUGAGCUUUAUUGCUUAAAUCUAUUUUACUGUAUAAUUCCAAUAAUGAGUAAAAAGUGUUAGUCGUACUUUUGCUUUCACAUUAGCAUGGCAAAGCAUCUUGCAAAAUAACCUAUGCUAAAUUUUCAAAACUUUAAUGUCAUUCAUUUGUGACAGUUGAUAAUAUUCAAGACAUAUACUACACAAUGGAUGGGUGGGAGGGGGAGGAAAUCGCACAAAUUAUGUCACUAUUCAAGGGAGUUAAUUCAUGGUCAUUUUGUUUUCUUAGUCAAAAUUUUCAAUAAAUUUGAUAAAAUUGAAAUAGUUGGGGAAAAAACCCAUAUGUAAUUUUCAUAUCCUGAUAUGUGAUUACAACUUCGCAAAACAUUUUGGACUGGUUUUAACUUUACUGUAUUAUAAAGUUAACCUUUAGGUUUCAUUUUGCAAGUACUGGGCUAAGUUCAGCCAAACUAAACAGAAAAAUGUCAGCUAGACUGGUUUUUGCACUUCAUGUUAAACCAAAUGACCACUUGCAGAAUCGGUCAAAAUAGUUCACAUGCGUUGAUAAACAUCUGGCUGGACUUGCUCUGUUUCCUGCCAUCCCUUUUGUUUUUUUAUAAGGGCCUUAGUAUGUUAAGCAUAUUAUGGCGUGAUUGUUGUCACCCGUCCAUGUAUUAACUACUACAGUAUCUUCAGUUCUGUAUUAUUAGCUUUUGUUAAAGUAACUGACUGGAUCACUCUUUAAGGAUUUGACUGGGUUAAUCACCAUGUCAAUUGCGUGCACUGAUUGCAGUUGGUAACUAAUGGUCUUCAUGCAUAGGGAACAUUUUGUUUUGGUCAAGGACAUUUUUAGUCGGUUGAAAAUUGAUCAGCAGUUACUGUUUAAUGUUAUAAAAUUGUGUAAUGAUCUCUAAAACUUUCAUUUCAUUUCAACUUAUUUUCAUGCUUAUAUCCAAUUAAGGUUCAAGCACUUUGUCCUGGGCACACACCU